CAAAUAUUACUCUCUUCAAUAACAUAUUUUACACGAUAAAUUUGACAAAAGAAAAAUUAAUAUAAAAAUGUUUUAAAAUGGUAAUUUCGAUUUAGCUCAGAGCAGAAGAUUAUUUAGCAGUGUAAUUGAUCCUCCUAUUUGUUUCGAGGCUUCUAGGAUUUAGGUGCAGCACUCCCAAUUUUUGUCAACCCUAAUACCAAAUUCACUUUCGUUUGCAUUGAUACGACGUCGUAGUGUCAAGAAAACGCAAUGUACGGAGUUGGAGGAGACGAUGCCCUGCCUGCUCGCCUCGGCAUAGUAACGCCAUCCAUGCUGAUUCCGGUAACGCCGUCGAUGAUUUCCCGCGACAUGUCUCCGACGCCGGCGAGGGAGGAGAGGCUUCCAGCUCAACCGCAGUGGAGUCAGCAGGAGACGAGAGAGUUUAUAGCUAUACGCGCGGAGCUGGAGAGGGAUUUCACUGCGUCGAAGAGAAACAAGACGCUUUGGGAAGUGGUGAGUUCCAAGAUGAGAGAGAGAGGGUAUAGGAGGAGCCCUGAACAAUGUAAAUGCAAGUGGAAGAACCUUGUUAAUCGCUAUAAGGGAAAAGAGACAUCUGAUCCAGAGCAUGGCAAGCAAUGCCCAUUUUUUGAAGAAUUGCAUGCUGUUUUCACCCAAAGAGCCCAUAACAUGCAACGGUUACUUCUUGAAUCCGAAACUCGUUCAGCUCAAACAAAAAAAGGAGUGAAAAGAUUAAGUGUAGAUCGAUCCUCAGAGGAAUUUUCAGAAGAGGAUGAAGUUGAAGACGACAGUGAAGACGAGAGACCUGCGAGAAGCAAUAACCGUAAAAGGAAAGCUGGCAAAAUUGCAAUGGAGAAGCCUUCAAGGGCAAAAAGUACAUGCAGUAGUACUAGUGAUAUUCAGGAUAUGCUCAAGGAAUUUUUCCAGCACCAGCUAAGGAUGGAGAUACAGUGGAAGGAGAUAAUGGAGAGGCGUGCACAUGAAAGACAGUUGUUUGAACAGGAAUGGCGGCAGUCGAUGGAAAAGCUUGAGAGGGAGAGAUUAAUGAUUGAACAGGCGUGGAGGGAGAGAGAAGAGCAGAGGAGACUGAGGGAAGAGAGUAGGGCAGAGAGAAGGGAUGCUUUGUUGACGACCCUUUUAAACAAACUCAUUCAUGAAAGUAACUAAAUGAGUCAAAUGGUUUGGUUUCUUCUUAGCUAAUUUAUUUGUUGUUUCAAUUUAAUAUAUGAUUCUACGUCUGGCCGAGAAAGAACUAGAUUUCACAGUAGCUUUUGAUUACACAGAAUUUUGGAAAGGAGUAAGUAUUUGGUGAAUGAAGUAAAGGAGUUAGGAGAGGAUUUGAAUAUUAUAGGAGUACAUGAACUUUUUCUUUUGAAAGUUGAUGCAGGAAAAGCAUUUUGUAUUUGAUUAUUUAGGGAUAAUCUCUUUGGCAUUAAGUCCAGGGAUAUGUUGUUGUAAAACAUAUAUUGUUUCUGUAUGAUUUUCUUAUUCUAUACAUACCAUAUAUAUUUGCCUUUUGUAA